GGGAUUCAACUAGUGGGCCCAAAGAGAACGGCCCAUGGCGCAAUAAACAAGACCGCUUAAAAAUCGACCGAUCUCUGCAUGUGAGACGCAAUCUCCUUUCGGAAAACCCACGACUCCCUUCCGGCAAUCAGCCGCCGAAUUCCUCUGCUUUAGCCGCCAUUUUUCUCGUACAGGAAGGGGGACAGAUCAGGCGAAAGGUUGUUUAAGGGCCGAUUCUCUUUCGAAAUCUAGCUUUCUUCGUCGAGUUCGUGUUCGGACCUAAGCGCAUCUACCAUCUCGGCAAGGAUGACUGAGGAUGCCGGAACGAAGCCAGCGGAAGACUCCGUGUCGGCCGCAAGCACUAUGCGGCAAAGGAAAAAGAGAAGAUGGGAUGAACCCGCUGAUUUCCUUGUUUCUAGUGGGAUAUCCAUACCUGGCACUAUUCCUAUUGGCUUUGGCAACACCAUAGGGAUUACUGCUCCAGGAGUUUUCCCACUUUCUAAUGCUAUUGCAGCAAAUACUGUAGUGCCAUUGAUCGCCCAGAGUGCUGCUACACUUGUCCAGAAAUUAAGCCAGCCAAAGGUUCAAGAUGAACUGAUAGCCCGGGAAAUAACAAUAAAUGAUGCUGAACCAACUAUCCGAUACAAGCUGACCAAGCGUCAAACCCAGGAGGAGAUUCAGAGAAGCACUGGUGCCAUUGUUAUCACCAGAGGAAAAUAUCGGCCUCCUAAUACUUUGCCAGAUGGUGAAAAGCCUCUUUAUCUUCAUAUUUCUGCCGGUUCCCAUUUGAAAGACAUGGCAGAACGAAUUAUAGCUGUUGAUCAUGCAGCCUCCAUGGUUGAGGAAAUACUGCGGCAAGGGCACAACUUACUAUCAACUUCUGGUCCACAUGCCGCCUUUAGCAGUGCUGGGCAGGUGAAUCUACCUCUGAGCACUUGUUUGUUUUUGGGCUUUGAUCCCGAUCCAUUUAUAAACAUUUCAGCUCGCAUUAGAGGACCUAAUGAUCAGUAUAUAAAUCACAUUAUCAAUGAAACAGGAGCAACCGUUGAAUUGAGAGGGAUUGGUUCUGCCAAUCAGGACAAUUCUCAUGCUGAAGAUUCUCUGCAACCACUGCACCUGUUUCUGUCAAGUACAAAUACCAAGAGUCUUGAAGCUGCAAGGAGCUUAGCUGAAAACCUUUUGGAUACAAUUGCUGCUGAAUGUGGUGCUUCCAGGGUUUCAUCAAGCAAGGCACUCAAUGCAGUUCCUCCUCCACAGCAGUUGUUGGCUGGAGUUGUGAGCUCUGCGAAUACGGAAGUGUCUGCCAAUUUGGUUGUUAGUACAUUGGUAGUACCUUCUGAAUCUACUGUGCUUCCUUCAGGAGUUCUAAUGCAGAAUGGAAACCUGUCUAGCUGUGGAGCCUCCAUUCCGAACACGGGAGGUUAUGUUUAUCCAACAGCAACAGGAGGAACAUGUUACAGUGGAUAUGGUGGGAUAUAUCCCCAAGCCACACCAUUGCAGCAAGUCGCUCUGGCGCUUAAACAGGCCCCUGUUUCAACCAUUUCGGUUGUUGCUUCCACAAAUUCACAUGCAAAUGUGUUGCCAAAGAUGACAUCAAACUCAAAUGUUGAUACAGAAAAGCGACGACGUCCGAAGAGGAAAUUCCAGGAGCUUCCAGUUGUUCCAAAAGGGCUGCCAACACUUAAUCAGAACUCACUACAGGAGUCAGAAUGUUUUAAGCCAGGUUUAGAUACUGUUGCUCAAAAAUUUUCAAAGAAGCUGACUCAGCCAGCUCUUGGUGAGUCACCGCCACCGCUUUCUAAAACAAUGCCUCCCCCUCCGCCCAAGUUUCCAUCCGAUCAUAGCUCGAGAACGAUGUCUCCACCUCUGCCCAAUAGCACGAGAACGAUGCCUCCACCUCCGCCGAAAUUCCCCUCAGAUCAUAACUUGAGAAUAAUGCCUCCUCCCCCUCCGAAGUUUCCAUCCGUUCUCAAUCGCAAUUCAGAAAUGAGGGCAGCAGUUGCUGAACCUCCUGUUAACAGAGAUUCAGAGAAAGCUAGUUUAGAACCAGUUUCUGAUACUCUACUGAAGCUGGUCGAGUAUGACGAGGAGGACGAAGAGGGAGAUGACAUGAUUGGCUCCGCCGAAGAAUCCUGUAGAAGUGAUAUAAUGCGGAGCACGAGAUCAAAACCUUUUUGGGCUGUAUGACAAGUAAUCUUUUGAAUUUUAGUUGACAUGCCAAAAUGUUCCAUCUCCUGCCGUGCAGCUCUCAGGUUUUCAUCUGAUUGUUGAUGAGCUUUGAAGCUUUGGCUGUGCGCUUAUUUUGGAUUGCGAUGGUAAAUUUAGUGAGAAUUUGUUCUGUAAGAAGGGCUAUUGUCUGUUGUUUUUAGCUUUUGAUGUACUCAUUUACGUGCUUUUAUGUUGUAGUGUUAAUGAUCAUAGAAGAUUUAGUGGGGAGGAA